AUGACUGAGUAUAAGCUUGUUGUGGUGGGUGCUGGAGGUGUGGGGAAGAGUGCCUUAACUAUCCAACUCAUCCAGAAUCACUUUGUGGAUGAAUAUGACCCCACCAUCGAGGUGAAUUGCAGGUGUUUGUCUGUAUGUGUGAAUCUUAAAGGGCAACCUCAUAUAUCCAGCCCCAAACCAGUGUCUAUAUAUGUGAAAAACGGCACGUUCCACUGAACAGCGCCGGAGAAGAUGGCUGCCGUUUUACAGCCCUCUAACCAAUUGUACUAUUAUGUGUGUUUUUUCCGCGUUAUUUGUCAUUUAUUUUGUACAUAAUGUUUCUGCCAUCGUCUCUUAUAACCAAAAAGAGCUUCUGGAUAUCAGGACAGCGAUUACUCACCUCGUAUUGGACGAAGAUUUUUUCUUCAACGAGGCGGCCGCGAAGGAUAUCAUACAGACACCCGACAAGGCCCAAAUCCCCGUCAUUCGCGUGAGGAAGAGACGGAGAUAUCGCGGACGAAGAUCGGGGUGCCUUGUAAGGAUCCGACGGCGAGCGAGUAAACUGCCUCUUCCAUCAAUCCUAUUAGCCAACGUUCAAUCUUUUGAAAAUAAAGUGGACGAUUUAAGAUUACGGUUAUCCUACCAACGGGACAUUAAAAACUGUAAUAUCUUAUGUUUCACGGAGUCGUGGCUGAACGACAACAAUGAUAACAUUCAGCUAGCAGGCUAUACGCUACAUCGGCAGGACAGAACGGCCGACUCCGGUAAGACAAGGGGUGGCGGUCUGUGUAUAUUUGUAAACAACAGCUGGUGCACAAAAUCAAAUACUAAGGAAGUCUCGAGGUUUUGCUCGCCUGAGGUAGAGUAUCUUAUGAUAAGCUGUAGACCACACUAUUUACCAAGAGAGUUUUCAUCUAUAUUUUUCAUAGCUGUCUAUUUACCACCACAAACCAAUGCUGGCAUUAAGAUUGCACUGAAUGAGUUGUACAAGGCCAUUAAUCAACAGGAAAACGCUCAUCCAGAUGCAGCGCUCCUAGUGGCCGGGGACUUCAAUGCAGGGAAACUUAAAUCCGUUCUACCUAAUUUCUACCAGCAUGUUAAAUGUGCAACCAGAGGGAAAAAAAACUCUAGACCACCUUUACUCCACACACAGAGACGCAUACAAAGCUCUCCCUCGCCCUCCAUUUGGCAAAUCUGACCAUAACUCUAUCCUCCUGAUUCCUGCUUAUAAGCAAAAACUAAAGCAGGAAGCACCAGUGACUCGGUUAAUAAAAAAGUGGUCAGAUGACGCAGAUGCUAAGCUACAGGACUGUUUUGCUAGCACAGACUGGAGCAUGUUCAGAGAUUCUUCAGACAGCAUUGAGGAGUACACAACAUAAGUCACUGGCUUCAUCAAUAAGUGCAUCGAUGAUGUCGUCCCCACAGUGACCGUACGUACAUACCCCAACCAGAAGCCAUGGAUUACAGGAAACAUCCGCACUGAGCUAAAGGGUAGAGCUGCCGCUUUCAAGGAACGGGACUCUAACCCGGACGCUUAUAAGAAAUCCCGCUAUGACCUCCGACGAACCAUCAAACAGGCAAAGAGUCAAUACAGGUCUAAGAUUGAAUCAUACUACACUGGCUCUGACGCUCGUCGGAUGUGGCAGGGCUUGAAAACUAUUACAGACUACAAAGGGAAGCACAGCCGCGAGCUGCCCAGUGACACAAGCCUACCAGACGAGCUAAACCACUUCUAUGCUCGCUUCGAGGCAAGCAACACUGAAGCAUGCAUGAGAGCACCAGCUGUUCCAGAUGACUAUGUGAUCACGCUCUCCGUAGCCGAUGUGAGUAAGACUUUUAAGCAGGUCAACAUUCACAAGGCCGCAGGGCCAGACGGAUUACCAGGACGUGUACUCCGAGCAUGUGCUGACCAACUGGCAAGUGUCUUCACUGACAUUUUCAACAUGUCCCUGACUGAGUCUGUAAUACCAACAUGUUUCAAGCAGACCACCAUAGUCCCCGUGCCCAAGGACUCUAAGAUAACCUGCCUAAAUGACUACCGACCCGUAGCACUGACGUCUGUAGCCAUGAAGUGCUUUGAAAGGCUGGUCAUGGCUCACAUCAACAGCAUUAUCCCAGAAACCCUAGACCCACUCCAAUUUGCAUACCGCCCCAACAGAUCCACAGAUGAUGCAAUCUCUAUCGCACUCCACACUGCCCUUUCCCACCUGGACAAGAGGAACACCUACGUGAGAAUGCUAUUCAUUGACUACAGCUCAGCAUUCAACACCAUAGUGCCCUCUAAGCUCAUCACUAAGCUAAGGAUCCUGGGACUAAACAUUUCCCUCUGCAACUGGAUCCUGGACUUCCUGACGGGCCGCCCCCAUCUGCCACACUGAUCCUCAACACGGGGGCCCCUCAGGGGUGCGUGCUCAGUCCCCUCCUGUACUCUCUGUUCACCCAUGACUGCAUGGCCAGGCACGACUCCAACACCAUCAUUAAGUUUGCCGACAACACAACAGUGGUAGGCCUGAUCACCGACAACGAUGAGACAGCCUAUAGGGAGGAGGUCAGAGAUCUGGCCGUGUGGUGCCAGGACAACAACCUCUCCCUCAACGUGACCAAGACAAAGGAGAUGAUUGUGGACUACAGGAAAAAAAAAUAGGACUGAGCACGCCCCCAUUCUCAUCGACGGGGCUGUAGUGGAACAGGUUGAGAGCUUCAAGUUCCUUGGUGUCCACAUCACCAACGAACUAUCAUGGUCCAAACACACCAAGACAGUCGUGAAGAGGGCACGACAAAGCCUAUUCCCCCUCAGGAGACUAAAAAGAUUUGGCAUGGGUCCUCAGAUCCUCAAAAAAUUCUACAGCUGCACCAUCGAGAGCAUCCUGACUGGUUGCAUCACCGCCUGGUAUGGCAACUGCUUGGCCUCCGACCGCAAGGCACUACAGAGGGUAGUGCGUACGGCCCAGUACAUCACUGGGGCAAAGCUUCCUGCCAUCCAGGACCUCUAUACCAGGCGGUGUCAGAGGAAGGCCCUCAAAAUUGUCAAAGACUCCAGCCACCCUAGUCAUAGACUGUUCUCUCUGCUACCGCACGGCAAGCGGUACCGGAGUGCCAAGUCUAGGUCCAAAAGACUUCUCAACAGCUUCUACCCCCAAGCCAUAAGACUCCUGAACAGCUAAUCAUGGCUACCCGGACUAUUUGCACUGCCCCCCCACCCCAUUACGCUGCUGCUACUCUGUUAAGUAUUUAUGCAUAGUCACUUUAACUCUACCCACAUGUACAUAUUACCUCAACUAGCCGGUGCCCCCGCACAUUGACUCUGCAACGGUACCCCCCUGUAUAUAUAGCCUCCCUACUGUCACUUUAUUUUACUUCUGCUCUUUUUUUUCUCAACACUUUUUUUGUUGUUGUUUUAUUCUUACUUUUUUUGUUUAAAAUAAAUGCACUGUUGGUUAAGGGCUGUAAGUAAGCAUUUCACUGUAAUGUCUGCACCUGUUGUAUUCGGCGCAUGUGACCAAUAAAAUUUGAUUUGAUUUGAACUGUAGUUAAAAGGGAUAAGAAGGGUUCCUAAAAAAGGAUGGUAUUUUCUUGCUCAUCAACGCAAAUCUUUGUUUGAAAAUCAAUAUAUUUUUUAAACUUUUGAUGUCAUUGGGUCUUAUCUUUCUUUUUUUUUGUAGAAAUGCGCCGUUUUCCACAUAAGUAGGCACUGGUUUGGGGCUGGAGAUAAUGAAUAUGAGGUUAACAAGUUGUGAAGUUGCCCUUUAAUAGUAAGCUAAUUCGAUUGAAAUCGCCUGCUUCAAAUGUAGCAACCCACUAUAUGCAACUUGCAUAUAGAGUCUAUGUAGAUUCUAUUCUAUAAGUAUCUAUCCACAAUCUCCUGAAGGUAAAAUAUUUACAUUAGGAUAAUUGUUGCCUCUAGCAAAAUGGUUCCAAUAAUUUACAGAGUGGAUCCAUAAGCUAUGAGGGUGGCAAAGGGGGAGUGAUGAUUACUUUCCAAGCAUAUUGUUAUGAUCAUGCUUUCCAAUCCAUUCAGAGUCACACCAGUACCUAUGGGUCAAUGGUAGGAGUCUAUUUGAAAUUAGCACCUGUUGCCUUUGUGACUGACAAGUCCCCCGACCAGGGUCAUGUUCAUUAGGGCAGCGGUUCCCAACUCCAGUCUUCGAGUACCCCCUACAGUACACAUUUUUAUUGUAGCCCCAGACAAGCACACCUGAUUCAACUUGUCAACUAAUCAUCAGGCCCUCAAUGAGUUGAAUCAGGUAUGUUUGUCCGGGGCUACAACAAAAAUGUGUGCUGUUGGGUGUACUCGACGACCAGAGUUGGGAACCACUGCAUUAGGGCAUGCAACAGAAAACAAAGACAGUUUUGCAAUGGAAAACAAAAAUAAACGUUUCCUCAUUGGACAAGUCCAGGUAGUCCCUCCCUGUUUCAGGCCGUUUCCUUCCGUUUGGUGCCUAAUGAACACACCCCCAUUUUAGGACUUGUACUAGGUUGAAGAUACCCAGGUUAGGACAAGCUUUUGAAAAUAAACAGACUGAUGGGACCAGCGUUGCGUAAUAGCAUCGCUGCUCCCAUUGUUUCGAAUUCUUCCUCAUUUAUGCAAAGAGUUAUGGGAUAUUAGAAUCCUGGUGUUAAGCUUUGUUACGUUCAACCUAGGACUCGUACAGGAAGCAGGUGGUGAUUGACGGAGAGACGUGUCUGCUGGACAUCCUGGACACAGCAGGUCAGGAGGAGUACAGUGCCAUGAGGGACCAGUACAUGAGGACAGGGGAGGGCUUCCUUUGUGUGUUCGCCAUCAACAACAUCAAGUCCUUUGAGGACGUUCACCUGUACAGGUACUGACUGUCUGUCACAGUGACUGCUGUCCUACACAUGAAGUGUGUUCAUUAGUCACAGACCGUAGUGAAACGUUUGGCCUGUUUGCGAAACGUUUUGCAAUGGAAACCGUUUACUUUAGGAAGCAAACAGAACAAAACGAGGAGGGACCUACUUGAAUUUGUCCAAUAGAAACUCUAGUUUUCGUUGCAAAGCGGUUUCCGUUUGGAGUAAACUAUUUCUGAUCAUUUGAACCAUGUCGGUUCCCGUCCGGCCGGGCGUACAUGGAAGAACUGUGUUGUCACCUAAUUUACAAAGGAGACGAGGCUUUGGAAUUGAAAGUAGAUUUAGAUUUUUAUUUCAUGUCCAUUUGUUUGACACAUGACUCUCUCUCUGUCCUAUUCUUCCUUUCCACUUCUCCCUCCUUUUUUCUCCACCUCCUCCCCUCUCCCUCUCCUCCUCCCCCUCUCCUCCUCCCCUCCACAGAGAACAGAUCAACAGAGUGAAGGACAGUGACAGUGUGCCUAUGGUGCUGGUGGGGAACAAGAGUGACCUGGGGAGUCGCAGCGUGGAGAGCAGGCAGGCCCAGGAGCUGGCCCGCGGCUACGGUGUGCCUUUCGUGGAGACCUCCGCCAAAACCAGACAGGUGGGUUUUACAGCCAGGGGAACUACACAGGGGUGUAGUAGGAAUGUACCAGAUACACUGGAAGCAUAACCUUUGAGCAGCACUUGAUCCACUUUAUCAAGUGUUCACAGGUGGGAAUCUUGAAAAUGGAACCAGAGUGUAAAUGUACACUGAGCAGCGCUAGCCUCUCUCUCUCUCUUACUUCUCUCACUCUGCAGAAAUGAUAGGUCCAUGUAGCAGGUCUGUCGGGCCUCAAACUGGACAAUGGAGGGAGAAGGAGAUGCUAGACCAUUGAGAUGGCCCCCUGUGUUGUCCUGACAGACUCCUAUAGUCCCCUGUGUUGUCCUGACAGACUCCUAUAGUCCCCUGUGUUGUCAUGACAGACUCCUAUAGCCCCCUGUGUUGUCCUGACAGACUCCUAUGUCUUAACGGCUAAUGUGUGUUUUGUGUAAAUGAUUUGAAUAAACUCUUCAACUGACUCACCAAAGGUAUUGGGUAACAUAACACAUUUGUACACUGCAGUCAUGACAGUAUCUAUGAGGGCACAAAUGGGAUAACUUUUGUUAUUGGAUUCAUUCAGGUAGUAGCACUGUCCUAUUCUACUCUGAACAUUUGCUCUGUUUUUGAGUACUGAAGGCGACCCAGCUGCAUUCAAUCACUCUACAUGUGAGUGUAAACUUUCUCCAUUCUUUCAUUCUGUCUUCCAGGGAGUGGAGGAGGCGUUCUACUCUCUAGUCAGGGAGAUCAGGAGGUAUAAGGAAACCAACCGCAGCAACAAGAAGAGCAAGAAAAGCACUCAGAGACGUUGCACCAUUCUAUAACACCACACACACUGCACAUAGCCCUAUAACCCCUUCACACACUGCAGUUCCUUUACGACGUGGGAGACGUCACCUCUCGUAUUGACAGUGGAUCCGGAAUGGUGAACGCAUCAAGUUCCACUUUCUGUCAUUAGUGUCGUCACCGUAGUAACGGAAACUUCACUUCCUGUUGGUUGUCAUUGGCUGCUCCAUUAGUAUUGUGACUUCAGUUUAUCCACGUUGUUUUUUGACAGUUGUAACAAGAAACUAGAUGUUGUAGCGUUGAGGGGAUUUAUAGACUGGGUUUAAAGCCGCCAUAUUUGGGAUGUCUUCGGUUGGUUUAAAUAUGAACGUCACUUUACUGCCCCUAGUGGUAAACAUCUCUUAGGGAAGUAAUUCAUUCAUUAAUUGAUUAAUUAAUGGCCCAAGUCACAUAGCUAUACAUUCCAAAUGAUCAUCUUGUUUAUUUUUUCACCAUGGGGGGAAAAAAGCCAUUUUGGUCUUUGCCAACAUGUUCUGCAUUGUAAGAAGCCAGUGUAGGCUAGCUAUUCUUGCAUUCCAAGGUAGUUUUCUCUUCAAUAUUUACACACAGAAGUGGCUAUCUCUGUUACUGUCUGUUAAACGCCUCAGCAGUGUUGUAAUAGAGAAGGUAUUUUGGUUCUCACUAGCCUCACCAAUCUCUAAUUUUCUGUAUAUAUAUAUUUUUUUAUCCAAUCACUGAGAGUCGAAGGCCACCGCUCUCUGUGUCAUUAGGCAGCGUUUACACAGGCAGCCCAAUU